AUGGAUUUUGAUGAUUUAUUGGAGCAAAUUGUUAACAAUGAUACUAAGCCAUAGAGUACAAGAGAAAGAAACAGAAGGUCUUUUAUGGAUCCACCGUAAUAGAAUUUUAUUAAAUGAAGGAAAUUGGAGACAUAAAAAAUAGCUAAUGAUCCAUAUGAAUUUGAUAGCAUACUCAAAUCUCAAGAUUCUCCUGUUGAUAGACAAUCUUCCUUUGUGCCAAGACAAAGACCAUAAACUGCUGUUAUAGAUGAAUCAAAAAAACAAAAAAUGGCUGAUCUAUUCUAACUACCAAAAACUACUGUUAAUAAGGAUUUGCCUCCACCUCCCCCACAAAUUGAAGACACAAGCAACAACAUGGAGAUAUCGAUGGGACAGAGUAGAAGAUAAAAAAUGAGGAUGCUCUCGUAAAACAAGGGUCAACCUUAGAAGAGUGAUAUCAAUUCAAGUUAAGAUCCCAUUGCAAAUAAUACAUAAUAAAUAGAAGUCGAAAAGCAAUCAGUUUAGUCUGAUUAUUCAGUUAAAUAAAGCAAACAACCAGAAAUACAGCUUAGUGCUCCUGUUAAUCUGAAUGCUCAAAAGUUUCAAGAUGAAAUUAAGCAACUAAAAUAAGAAAAGGAAAAAUUGUAAGAUGAUGCACAGGCUCUAAGGAAUGACAAAUAGAAACUACAAGAUGAAUUAGAAAUAGAAAAAAGGGAGAGACAAAGAGUGAUCACUGAAAAAUUGGAGGCAGAAAGAAGUUUCAUUAAAGAAAGAGAAUAGUUGAAGAACGAUUAUGAAAGAGAUAAAUAGAGAGCUGUUGAUGCUGUGAAAUUGGAAGUAACUAUUUGAAAUUUAUAAAAUAUUAGAAUGAAAUAAUGAGAUAACAAUUAGGAGAAUAGAAAUAAUUGGAUCAUCUCGCAGAUAAAAUUAAGGAUAGUGCUAAGGAAUUGGAGACACUUAAAAAUCAAUUAUAUCAAAAACAUGAAUAAUAGGCUUAAGAAAAGAUAAGAUUAUUAGAAAGGAAGUAAAAUGAGAUCAAUGACCAAGAGACGAAUUUGGAAAAAGAGAAAUCCUACAUUGAAAGUGAGAAGAGGAGACUCCAAAACAUUUAAGAUGACAUUAGCAGAAGGGAAUAAUUGUUUCAAGCCUCAAUGGAAGGAGACAAGAGAUCAUUGUAGAGCGAGAAAUAACUAUUAUAAGAUAUUAAGGAGUCCUUAAGAACCUUGGAAAUUGAAACUAAAAAACGAUUAGAGUAAGAGAGCAUGUUUAUACAAAGAUAGAAGUAAUCUAAAAUAUAUUAUUUAGAAAUGAACUUGAACUAUUGAAAAAUGAAAUGAAUUCACAAGCAUAAAGUAAAUUAAGACAGUUGGAUUUAGAAAGAUAAUUAUUUGAAUAGCAAAAGAAUGAGUAUCAUGAAUUUACUUAGAAAAAUAAUUAGAUCAUUCAACAAAAAUAUUCAGAUAUUGAAAAAUAACAAUAAAAAAAUGGAGCUAAGGAAAUGCAACUCAUUGCCUUAUAAAGAGAUUUAGAUAUGAAAAGUAAUUAAGUUACUAGUUUACAUGCUGAGUAUUCAAGAAAAUUGGGUUUAGUAGAUGGGGAAAGAUAAUAAUUAUUGUAAAAAUUAAAAGAAAUUAAUGAAAAGGAGUAGCUUUAUCAUAAAGAAAUUAGUAAUGUAUAAGAAUUUAGACAAAUUUACUAAUAAGAAAAGGAGACAAUCUAAAAACAAAAACUUGAAUUGCAUUAAUAGUUGACCUAAAACCAAUAAGAUAAAAUAUAGAUUGAAUAAGAAAAGAAUUAAUUAACCUAAAUGCAUAAGACUUUAUCUCAUUUAAGAUCUGAAAUAGCUUAAAAUACUACCUAAGGAUUCUCUUAAACCGCUGCAUUACCUGCUAAGCCUGUCCAAAAAAAUAAAGUGGAAAAGCCUAAGUCCGCUCAAAAAAUUCCUAUUCACAACAAUUCUUCAGCCAACCAAACAGCAUCAAAUUUCGAUGUAGGCAGUUAUAUGAAAUACUUGAAGAAUGUUGAUUAUUUACAUUGA